CCCGGCCCUAACACCGCCAUAUGAAGUGUUUUCUGUAUGAUGACGUUUGAGCCGAUUGGAUCCUAAAGCUAUAGCUUGUUGUAGCAACAGUGGUUUCUAAGGGGAGGAGGUACAGACACAGCCAUGGGGUACCGAGUGGAUGAAGACGGAGGAAAACAUUAUUUACUGAAGUGCCAGUGGCACUGAUGUACGAUAAAGUUGAAUGGAGGCAGGCUGGAACGGAGAGCGUUGCGGGGAGGAUGGGGCUUCUCCGCAGUGGAUCUCGCCUCCAGACUCCUUUUCCUCACCCGUCGCCGAGCUGUCAUGCAAUCUAAGGAAACUUCACUGUCAUGACAGUGCCACCCCACGGAGAAAACUUCAACUGACGCCGGAGCUUAAAACACCCAGUCCUUUGUCAAGCCGAAGCGUUUCCCAAGAGAUCAAGACGCCGGCAGUCACAAAGAGGAAAGCAGAGAGAUUCAAGUCUUCAUGCACACUUUCUAAGAUGAGGCGACUGCGUGUCAAGCUGUCCAGUAGGUUUGUGGGCAAAGAACCAGAGCGAGAGUUGGUCCACCUGGAGGAGCAACAGGGCGAGACAUCCCAGAGAGAGGACGUGGGUCGCCUUGGAGAUGAGGACACCCGAGAUGCUGUGGAGCCUUGCCACCGGCUUCGGAAGACGCGCUGUAGGCUGAGGCGCCCUCUACUGGACAUCCCGCUCUCUGUCCUAGAGGACAGAAAUCUGAUUGGAGACUUCAGCAAGCCACAUCUGUUGGUGGCAGGGGGUGCAGACCACCGGGACCUCAGGGGUAUAUCAGCUCAGACGAUGGCGUCUCUCCUCCUGGGACAGUACAGUGGCGUCGUGGAGAGCUGCCUCAUAAUAGACUGCCGAUACCCAUACGAGUACCUCGGGGGCCAUAUCAUGGGGGCUGUGAACCUCCACUCUGAGGAUCAGCUGCAGGAGGCGCUGUUCCUGAACCCGGCACCGUUCCUGGGAAGGCAGGACUGCUGCCACACAAGCUGUGUGGUAUCAGCUACUCCCCCCAUCACCUGGAGUCCUGGCACCAGGGAAGGCCAAUCAGAGAAGGCCUUGCAGGACCUCCCCCUGGAUGGGGCGCAGUCUUCAGACGCCUCCUCCCCUCGGAAGCUCGUAGUCUUCCAUUGCGAGUUCUCUUCCCAGCGAGGGCCACGGCUGUGUCGGUACUUGCGAAAACUGGACAGGUGUCUCAACGUUUACCCAGAGCUAUUGUAUCCUGAGCUCUACAUCCUAGAAGGAGGCUACAAGGACUUCCAUUCACACUUCCCGGGCCUGUGUAACCCCCCUGGAUACGUGCCGAUGCGCCACCGGGACUUCAAAGACCAACUGCGCAGAUUCCAAAAGAAACGAAGAACAAAGACAGUUCUUGGACAAGAGGCUCUGAUGUCCGUCCAUACACGUUAAAUCCCAUCAGAUGAAUUAAAAUUACCUAUUUAUAAAUGCAAUAUGCUAGCUGAUUUUUAAAAUUCAAGUGUUUUAUGUAAAGGACAUUAAUGUUACCACAAUGUCGGAUUUGUGAUGUAAAUGUUUUAGUUUGUGUUGUUUUAAUAAAACACAUACCUCAUAUGAA